AUGAAUGAUAACUUCUUCUAUGGUCCCAUUCCUCCAUCCAUCUUCAACAUCUCAUACAUACGGGCAAUAAAUUUAAGAGGUAAUCCUUUGUCAAGUAAGCUUCCAAACGACAUGUGCAUGCACAAUCUUCACAACCUCAAAUGGCUUCGUAUAUCUUUCACUAAGUUGUAUGGAGAAAUACCAGCGAGCUUGGGCCAAUGUUCAAGCCUUGAAGUACUUUCCUUGUACAACAACAGCUUGGUUGGAGAGGUGCCAAAAGAAAUUGGGAACUUGACAUUGCUCACUCAGUUAUUCCUUGGGUUCAAUAGUUUAACUGGUAAUAUUCCUAAAGAGAUUAGUCAACUUCACAUGGUGAAUUCUUUGUGGAUGGAAUCCAACAAAUUUAGUGGAACAUUGCAUCCAGAGUUUCAGAAUUUGACAGCCAUUCGAUAUCUGAUCCUCUACAAUAAUAACUUAACUGGUAAUAUUCCGAAAGAGAUUGGCCAUCUUAAUAGUUUACAAACAUUAAGCAUGGCAUCCUCCGGACUUAAUGGAUUGAUUCCAAAAGAAAUUGGGAACAUAACAGCCCUCCGUUGUAUAUACCUCGAUAACAAUGCAUUAAGUGGUGUUAUUCCUGGUGAGAUUGGCCAGCUUAAUAAUUUAGAGCAUAUGUCCAUUGAUUCUAACAAGUUGACUGGCCCUUUACCCAUGGCCUUUUUUAACAUGUCUCGUGUGAAGUCUAUUUCCUUGAGACAUAACACACUUAAUGGGACAUUGCCAAGAGAAAUUGGGAACAUGAAAUCACUCCAAGAAUUGUACCUCAUUAACAAUACUUUAACCGGUGUGAUUCCAGAAGAGAUUGGUGGCCUUGAGAAUUUAGUUGCACUAUACAUGAGUUCCAACAAUUUCAUCGGCCAUUUGCCUCCACUCAUGUUCAACAUGAAAUCACUUACAUCAUUAUCAUUUCACAAGAAUGCUUUGACUGGUAUGAUUAUCCCAUCAUAAAUUUGACAAGCAUCGACACGUAUAAGUAGGUGUCGUUAAAUGGUUAAUUGGUACCAGUUUUAGUUAUUGGUAUUUGCCAA